AGGGUCUUUGAUACGGCGAAUACUCUGCCUCUCUUUUCGCUUCUCUCUCACACUCACACAGCUCUCCAGCUCAUCGAAAAGCUCUUGCCAUAUCUGACCGCCGGAAAAAAAUCAGUCCUCCCCCGGUGGCCACCGCAGCAGCUAUCGGCGUUUCCUAAUUAGAUGUUGAAAGGAAGAAAGAUUUCUGGAAGAGGGGAAACAGUAGCGGCGAACUACGCAUUCGGACCGCACGAAGAUGAUGUAAUUAUAAAACAUAGGCUACUCACCCGCACUACCACUACAAGGGGUGAACCCCCGCUGAAGAAACUUCAGAAGAAGUUUGCUUCGUUUGUUUCCGAGAUCGAGAAGGAUGAAGAUAAUUACAAUGACUGUGUCAAACUUUCUAAAGCUUUUAUACAGGAGUUGUCUACUUUCGAGAUUCCAUUACUCAAGAGCAAAGCUGUUAUUGAUUCUAAUGUAAGAGAGAAGGAGAAUUUUAAUGAGUUGAAGGAUGACAUAAAUAGGCAGAUUUUGCAGGCACAGGCUGAUAUUGAAGAUUUAAAGAAGCAGCUUGAGGAGAGCAAAAUUGAAAGGCAGCAUAAGGAGGAAUGUGAGGCGAUAAGGAAAUUGAUCGCCACGCAGCCUCCAAGGUCACUUAUGCAGAAGGUGAUAACGGAUUUAGAGAAAGAAAUUGCUGCUUUGGAGGCAGAAAAUACAGCCAGUUCUAGGUUACUGGAACUUCGAAAGAAACAAUUCGUUCUCUUGUUGCAUGUGGUGGAUGAGUUGCAGAACACUAUAGAGGAAGAUGAGAAGAAUUUGAUUGAGGAGAUGAGAGUGGCAACAGAGGAGCAGAAGAACGGAAUGGAGGAUGCUGGUGGGGUCUCGGAAGCCAUGGCUGUUGAUUAGGAGUGACAUGUUCCAUGAGAGAACUCAUGUUUAGUGAAUGUACUAUUGAAUUUUUUUAGCUGAGCCUCUUCUUCUUAUGAUUUAUUCUAUUUGAGCAUGUGCACUUUCAAAA